AUGGCUUUGGAAACAUCGCUAGUGGCGAAGCUGGAUGCCUUGAUAUCUGAUGUUCUAGCUGACUGGAACAUAUAUACGACCGCGAUUGCAGGUGCCAUCGUGGCCUUCGUGGUCCUCUCCUUCCUCUCCUCGAAGGAGCCUGAUAUCCACCCUUUCCUACUUGCCCGUCAGUCGUCCGCUUUUCCUGUACGCCAACCUGGCGAGUCCUCAAGUUAUAGGAGCCUCGAGACUCCACAUGGCUUUCCCCUCAGAUCCGGACUGAACGUGAAGGACCCUGGGGCUCCGAAAUGGACCAGCGGAAGGAGAGGAGAUCUUCGUGAUGUCUGGAAAAUUGCUGUACGCGGUGCAGUCGAUGAGAAUGGCCAGAGCUCCGGGAAGCAGGGCAAGAUCUACACGGUGCUUGGAAGGAAGGCAAUAGAGCACUCAUUGGAUCAAGUAACCCAGGAUAUUAACAUUAUCGGUCACCAUUUGCAAUCCUGUGAAACGAAAACCGUUGCAAUCUGUCUUACAGACUCGGUUGAGCUUUUGGCUGCGAUAUUUGCUGGUGCUUUCUACGACUUCAAAAUAAUCAUCAUUCCGCACAACCUCGACCCGGAAUCUUUAUCCGCACUUUUGCAAAAGUCUCAGGCCGAAGCCCUGAUCGCUGAGGCCGGUGCUCUUGAUUUGUCUUAUGUGGCCAAGGAAAACAAGCAACUUCGCCGAGUUAUUUGGGUUGCAAAGCUGGGAAGCAGACAUAUGGACUGGAACGAUGUUUCCGAGGAUGUUAAAAGCAGCUUGGAAGUCAAGGUCUGGCACGAGUUGAUUGAAGAAAAGAAAAAUUUGGCUGGGCUGGAUGUUCCUAGCUGGGACCCCAGUUCCCCUACCCCGUCCCUGACUACCAUUUGGACAUCCGAGUCAGGACCAGGCGAUUUCGUUGAGUAUAAGCCAGAGAAUUUAAUCUCCGGUAUCGCUGGCUUGACUUUCUCUUUGCCUCGAAACCAACGGUUCGGUCCCACCGAUCUGGUGCUCUCUAUUGACUCACUCUCCCGGUCAUAUCCCUUGUGCCAAAUCAUGGCUGCUCUGUAUUCAAACGCCUCCAUUGCUGUCAAUUCCGUCGCUGGCGAAAGUGUCGACUUCGCCCUCGCCACUGUGGGGGUGUCUCCUACUGUUAUCGUUGCAUCUUCGCGCACCAUGGCCCACUAUCAUGACCAGUUUAUGGAACCAAAUUCCGGCAUCAUUACUUCGCUGGCUCGCUGGUGGCAUGUGAGGGAUCUUGAUGCUGGCACCAUGCCAUCGCAUGGUUUGGUGAGUCAACUAGCUACAGUCGGCCCAACCGCUGAACUGUCGCUGGAUAAACUUCGCCUGUUGUGCAUCUCCCAUCGGUUUGACGCAGACCGUGAAGUUCGCCUAACUUUCGACCAACUGACGGAUUUGAGGGUUUUAACCGGCGCUCGCACUGUGUACGCAUUAACUGGACCAGGGAUUGCAGGCGCCGUCUCUCAGACAAACCUCUUCGAUUAUAGACGUUUCAAUGGGUCCAGCCCCUUCGGAGCCCCAUUAAGCAGCGUCGAGAUUCUUUUAACUGGUGUGGAUGAGGACAAGGAGCCUGAGGGACAAAUUACCGUGGCCGGCCCUGCCGUUAUCUCCGGCAAGACAACGUUGCCCGCCCAAGGUCGCAUUCGUGAUGACAAUACGCUGGAAUUAGCCUAA